AGCAGCAUUCUGGGACUUGCUUACGCUCCGAGCAUCCCUGGUCACAUGAGUGUGAAUUUUCUCUUCUCUUCAUUAGUCAGCCAUUUUGGUCAACACCCUGCUUACUGCGCACAACCAAUCCUACAAGAUCACAAGUGCCUGGGCUGUGCAGACCUGCUUGCCCUCUUUGGAUUCCCAUACCUGCCUCUAUAUACCGGUCAUUCACAUCACAGCGGAUGCCUGCUUUACAUUUGUCACUGACUAACUGCCUGUGUGACUAGAACAAAGGAGAGCUUUAUAAUUUGGAGUUUUGUGGGGGUUUUUUUUUAGCAAGCAGCUUUGACGCAUGACGAUUGGCAGCAGAGCAGCAGGGGGGGCGGAAGAGGCAGACACAGGAAUCCAAAGCAAGCCAAGGAGGAAGAGCAUCUUUCCUGUAUUGCAGAACUGAAAACAGUCCUACAGAACAUUUUCUCUAUUCCUUUCUUGCAUGCGAACUGUGCAGCUUUCUCUGUAAUUUCUCAAAAUAAUCUCUGGACUCUUCACGACGCCUUUUGAUUAUUUUAUUCUUAUUUCUGAUAUUUUCGAGUGGGUGUCUUACCACCUGAGCCAACAUGACGGCUCUUACCCCUCAGGGCGACAUGCCGACCCCCACCACGGACAAGAUAACCCAGGCUGCAAUGGAAACCAUAUACCUUUGCAAAUUCCGCGUCUCUAUGGACGGCGAAUGGCUCUGCUUGCGUGAACUUGACGACAUUUCGCUUACGCCAGACCCUGAACCUAAUCCUGAAGAUCCCAAUUACCUGAUGGCCAACGAACGUAUGAAUCUCAUGAACAUGGCAAAGUUGAGUAUAAAGGGCUUAAUUGAGUCAGCGCUUAACCUGGGACGGACCCUGGACUCUGACUAUGCACCUCUGCAGCAGUUCUUUGUGGUUAUGGAGCACUGUCUAAAGCAUGGCUUAAAAGGUAAGAAGACAUUUCUUGGGCAGAAUAAGUCCUUCUGGGGCCCUCUGGAACUAGUGGAGAAACUUUUACCUGAAGCAUCAGAAAUCACAGCUAGUGUGAAGGAUCUUCCCGGUCUCAAGACACCUGCAGGUAGAGGGCGAGCCUGGUUACGCUUGGCACUGAUGCAGAAGAAGCUCUCAGAAUACAUGAAAGCCAUUAUCAACAGGAAAGAUCUCCUAAGUGAAUUCUAUGAGCCAAAUGCUCUAAUGAUGGAAGAAGAAGGUGCCAUAAUUUCAGGCCUUUUGGUUGGACUCAAUGUGAUUGAUGCUAACUUCUGUAUGAAAGGGGAAGAUUUAGAUUCUCAGGUCGGAGUCAUUGAUUUUUCAAUGUACCUAAAAGAAGGUCCUAUAACAAAAUGUAGUGAAGGAGAUGGACAAAUAACAGCUAUUCUUGACCAGAAGAAUUAUGUAGAAGAACUAAACAGACAAUUGGGGGCCACUGUUAACAACCUUCAGGCAAAGGUGGAUGCGCUUGAAAAAUCAAACACAAAGCUAACGGAAGAGCUUGCAGUGGCAAACAACAGAAUUAUUACCAUGCAGGAAGAGAUGGAGAGAAUGAAAGAGGACAGUACAUACUUCUCCAAGGUUAAUAAGCACGAGAGGAGUGCAGAUGGGCAGAUGCUGAGCGAGGUCAGGAAACACUUAAAAGAAGAAACUCAGUUAAGAUUGGAUAUAGAAAAGGAACUAGAAGUGCAGAUUGGAAUGAAACAAGAGAUGGAGAUGGCCAUGAAGAUGCUGGAUAAAGAUGUUUGUGAGAAGCAAGAUGCACUAGCAGCUCUCAGACAACAACUUGACGACCUCAGGGCCUUAAAGCAUGAACUCUCCUUCAAACUGCAGAGUUCUGAUCUGGCAGUGAAACAGAAGGCCGAGUUAAACAGCCGCUUAGAAGAAAAGACCAAUCAGAUGGCUGCCACCAUUAAACAGCUGGAACACAGACUCCGAGUGUCAGAGCGAGACAGACAGUCUGCCGAGGAAGCCAAUCGUCUCUUCAAACAAGAAUUUGGCGACAAGAUUGAGAGCCUCCAGCUGGAAGUGGAUCAGCUCAGGAAGCAGUGUUCUCAUUAUGAAAUGGAACUAAAGAAGGACAAAAAGCGCAGCUCCUCUGGAAAUCCUAAAGAGAAAGAGUCCCCUGAAAAUAAAUACACGCCGUUAAGAAUACCACAUCUACUCCAAAAGAAUACAGCAAAACUGAAGUCGCAUAAUAAAGUGGAUGAAAAUGUGAGACCUGCUGUGAAAGAGGCAGACGGCACCACUCAUACCAAAUUAAGUUCACAUACCAGUAACCCAGAAAAUGAGGAUCAAGACAGUGAAAAGAAGAUCCUUCAGAUGUGCCAGCUUUGCCGAGAGGAAUCAAGCAUAUUGCUUACUAAGAAUGAGUGCAAGAACUGUGGGGGGAUCUUCUGCUCAACAUGCUCAUCCAAUGAAAUUCCGCUUCCUUCUUCCAUCAAUCCAGAGCGAGUCUGUAACCUUUGUCACCAGAGACUGAUACAGCAGUAUUGUAGCAGCCCAUCCUAAAAGGAUACCCUGUAAAACCAACAAUGUAUGCGAUAUAUGCUGAUCUCAUGGCAUCUAAUGCACACUUUGUACAAAUAAAAUCAACCAAGCAACAACAAAUUAUAUAUGCUGAUCUCAUGGCAUCUAAUGCACACUUCGGCAAAAAAAUGCACUAAGCAACAACAAAUUCUCAAUGAUGGAGCUCAUCUCUGUGCAUCUGAAAAACUGGAAUGUGCUUUGACAGGUCUGUUAAACCCACUGCCUGUAGCAAAGUAUAACUGGAAGUGUGGGGAAUUUGGGUAUUGCUGCUCAGCCUUAAUAGUUUAUAAACGUGUGCUCCUUGUGAUUAUAUUGACCCAUCUGGACCUGAAUAUUCAUGUGAAUGAGAAUAUCCGGCAUGCAAAUAAAAAAAGAAAAAGACUGAAACCGCACUGCUUGGAAUUUGCGCAUAUGUGAAGCAGAUGCAGCAAGCACAUUCUUUCUGUUACUUAUAUGUUACAGGUGUGUGCCAACAGAAUUGAUGUCCGACUUUGGCACAAAUCCAGUUUGCAAAUAAGGUGCAGUAAGUGAAGCACUUCUAGACAAUGGCAAACAUGUUUCCCAUACUUGGUGCGUACAGGAUCUAAAGCGGAAAGCCAACUACAGAUAAAUAUAAAACCUCUGAAAGGCCCUUUCAUGUGAAAAGGGUUUUUGGACAGUUAUUUCAAAUAACUAGAUGGACAGACUUGUAGCCUACUCUAUUUUUUGAUUAAAUAAAUAUGACGGGUCUUAUUUACAUCAACAUAGUGUACAUACAACUGGAUGGAUAAUCUGGCAAUUACAUUGCAUACAACUAAAAAAUAUAUAUUGAUA